AUGGUAACAGGUAUUGAGGCGGCCGGCCUGGCUCUUGCCAUUUUGCCCUUGAUCGUCAAUCAGGCAGACAACUACGUUCAGGGGCUUGAAACGCUCAAGACCUUUCGCAGUCGAAAGUAUCGUCGCGACAUGGAAAGCUAUUACAACAGUCUUUCCACUCAGCGGACCAUUCUCGAAAAUGUUCUGGAGCGAUGCUUUCAAGGAGUUGUCGAAUACGAAGAAGAUAUUUCAGAGUUGAUCAAUAAUCCCUCAGGACCCAUGUGGCACGAUCCCACUUUCCAGAAUAUGCUCAGGAAGAAACUCGACCGGAACUUCAAUAACUUCGUACGAACAGUAACAGAACUAGCUGAUUUGCUAGAAGAGUUCUCCGGAAAGUUGGGAUUAUCGACUGCGGACUCAAUGAAAACACCAGAAACGCUAUGGGAAGAUUCCUCCAUGGCAGAGCGAGAAUUCAAGAAGAUCAAAGAUGUACUCUCAAAGUCUAUCUACGCUGGCUAUAUAGACAAGAUCAAAAGUGCCAACUCAACGCUUCAAACGCUGAUGGAACAGUCAGAAUAUCGAGAGAACAUUUGGCAAAAGCGAAGAUCACCGAAAAGACAGCUACUGAGUAUCAAAACUGCACGGAGAAUUGCACACAGUUUAUAUGAUAUUAUUGCUCGCGGAGAAUUCUGGAAUUGCAAAUGUCGAGAUCAACAUCGCGCCCAAAUUCGACUGGAUGUGUUCAGUAGCAAUGAUUUUCCUGAAACAUCCGGAAUACCAAAGUUCCGGUUGAUGCUCAUUUCAAAGGCUUCCCCUGAGCCCUCAGAUUCAUGGCAUUGGCAAGAGGUUGAGACCGAGUCCGCAUUCAAAGAUACACAACCCAGGGAAGCCAAAUCGGCUUCAAAGAAGGCAAACCCCCCUAUGGUGCGAGAGGCCAAGGUCAAGUUUGCCGUUGUGGCGAUACCUCUAGAGAGCGUUCCAUGGCCCAAAAUUGAGAGCAUCCCUUUUGGAUCACCAAUCGAGAAUUUAUGCACCGCCCUUUGUGCCAUCAAAGCCAAUAGCAUGUGUGAAGAACGAAAGUUCAUUGGUUUCGUGACUGAUGACAACCAUCGACACACUUUUUAUGCUGUUGGGGAUUCUUCCAUAAACCUCCAAUUACAAUCACUCGAAGCUUUGCUCAUGUCUUCAUCAGGCUCAAGGAAUAUACAGAGCCCGUCUAAGAUCGUACUCAGACGGAGGGAUCGUUUGCGGCUAGCCGCCAGUCUCGCUAGCAGUAUUCUACGGUUCCAUGGAAGUUGGAUGAAAGCACAUUGGCGGACGAAGGACAUUAUGCUCAGGCUAAGUGAAGACGGCAAUAAGGCUCCUGACUUUAUAUAUCUGGCACAGCAGACACCAGAAAAUGCCGAUCAGCCCGCUACACUGAUGUCACAACAAAACAGCCUUUCGACGCAUCUUAUUCGGAAUGAAAUUCUGUUCCCUCUAGGCCUGGCUCUUGUCGAAUUAUCUCUCGGGCAAACCAUAGCCUCAUUGCGCAAACCCGAAGAUGAUGACCCUGUGGAUGCAGUAGCUAAUCUCAAAACGGCUCUUCGUAAUCUACCAGAUGUCCGUAACGAAAGUGGGAUAGUGUACGAGGAGGUCGUUGACAAGUGUUUUUUUUGGCCUGGCAGAAAAGACAUCGAGUUUGAUGACGAAGAUUUUCAGAGGACAAUGUUCGAGUUGAUAGUCUUGCCAUUGUUAGAAGACUUGAAGCAUUUUGAAGGAAAGUAUCAGAUCCAUUGA